AUGUCAGUUCGUGCCCGUGAUCAGCAUCAAGCUCAAGUGAUUGAGGCUCUGAGACGUGCGAAGAUGAAGUUCCCAGGUCGACAAAAGAUAGCCGUGUCACGUAACUGGGGUUUCACGAAAUGGCCACGUGGUAGUUUCCAGGAGAUGCGUGCUAAGGGUCAGUUGGUGUCGGAUGGUGUUGGCGCGAAAUAUAUCCCUGCUCAUGGCCCCCUAGAACAAUGGAAGAAUUCACAAGCACGUCUAGCUGGAAUAAACGCGUGA